GAAAAGAACAACUCGUAUCUCGAAUAGGAUCAGAGAAGAGAUAUGGAGGAGAAGGAGGGAAAGGAAGGGAGGGUGGGAGAAAAGGAUAAGCUUGAGCGUGGGGGUUGUUGCCGCUCUGAGGGCGGCACGACGGAUACCCAUGGCUUGAUUUUCAAGAGAAAGAAGGAGAAUGAGAGAGGUUUUAGAGAGAGGGAGAAAGUUUUCAACCUAUAAGAAAAAUAUUUUAUAAAUAAUUUAGGCUUAAUCCUCAAAUUAGUCCCUGUCUUUGUUUCGCCGUCUGAACCAGGUCCCUGACCGGAAAAAUUUGUGGCAUCAAUCCCUCUUGUUCAAAAAUGUUUGGAGCCAGUCCUCGCCGGAGCUCGGAGCUCCGGCGAGGGAUGAAGUGGCAUGCUGACUGUGUAAAUAAAUGUGACGUGGCACUUAAAAAAAUAAAAAAAUAAAAAAAUAAUAUAACUUAAUAUAAUAAACACAUAAUUAACCCAAUUAAACUUAAUCUCAUCCUAAGUCUAAACCUAAACCUAAACUAACUAAACAUUCCUAAUUCCCCAGCCAAUUUCCCAAUUCCCAAAUCAAUCCCCAAUUUCCCAAUUCAUCAACCGUGAAGAACCCUAGUUCUUUCUUCUUCUUCCAUUUCGAGCCCUGCAAUCAAUCCUCUUCCUCUCGCCGAUUCUUCCUCUCUCCGAUUCUUCCUCUCGCUGCUUCUUCCUUAUGCUGUGCUGGUGUUGUUCGUUCGAGAAGGUCACCGUUUAGGACAAGGCUCUUUGUCUUCGAUUACUAAGUAAGUAGCCACAUUCUCUUCUUCGAAUACGAACAAGCUUGUUCGACUGGCUGUUAUCUUGGAGGCUUUGGGUUUCCUUUUGGUUUUGUGUGGUUCAGGGUUUAUGGUUUGUUUGGGUGGGUUUUUUCGUUUAGGGUUGCUAUUUAGGGAUAAAUGUUUAUUUGGCUUCUCUGGAGUUGCAGGAUGGUGUUUACACUGAUUGUUCGUCAUGGUGGUUUGUUUGGGACCGCCCCUUACCUGCAUUACUUUGGUGGUGGUCGAACUGAGCUUCUUGAUCAAGAUGAAGACAUAUGGUCCUACUUUGACACUGUAGCCAUUGUGAAAGGGAUGGGAUACAAGGAGUUUAAGUUAUGGUGGGUCACUGCUGAGGAUGCUGAACGACAUGUCUUCAGGGAUUACAAAACUGAUGCUGAUGCUCUUGAAUUUGCUAAAUAUGCGAGCACACUUGGUCAAGGUUUGUUGUUUGUAGAAAAUCUAUCACAAGAGCAACCUAGUGUUGGCAAUGUUCCCACUAUUGCCAUGCUUCCCUCUGUUCCCACUGUUUCAGCACAAAACAACAAGGUACCAGCACAAAAUAACAAGGUUUCAGCACAAAUGAAUAAGGUCCUACCAACAAAGAUGAAAUGUGUGAGAAGGUCCAGUCGUAUACAAGCUGUGGUGACUAGAGCAAAAUAUUUGGGCAAGCCUUCCUUAGUGGUUCUCUCUGACGAUGAUGAGAUGGAAGUUGAGCUGCCUGUGAAUGUCAACACUAGUCCUGACAACAAUGUUCCUCAGGUAGAUGUUGCUCCUGAGAACAUAAGUCCUGAAAAUGACAAUGUUCCUGGUACAGAGCAGGUCCCUGAGGUAGAUGUUGUUGUUGGUCCUGAGAACAUAAGCCCUGACAACAAUGUUCCUGAAGUUAUUGAUGGAGAUGGGGAAAAUUCUGACAGUGAUGUUUCUGUGCAAAGAGAAAGGCUUCAGGAUAGUGAUGAAGAAAGAGACUUAGGGCAUGAAGAUGUAUUGGACAACACAUCUUUUGCUGAGGCAGAGGCUCUUUUGAAUGAGCAUAUCAAACAGAUGCUUAGUAGUAGAAGUGAAGAAGGUAUGGGUCUAGCUUUUGGGGAUGAAUCAGAUUCUGAAGGAGGUUAUGAGAGUGAGGAUCUAGAGAGUGUGCCAACUGAUUCUGAGGUGGAAGAUGUUCCUAGAAGAAGGUUCCCUAAGUUUGUUAAGGAAAAAAUGGGCCAAGAUUUCAAAUUCAGCCUUGGAAUGGACUUUUCAUCACUACUACAGUUCAAAGAUGCUCUACAUGAUCACUUUGUUACUAAUGGCAGAGAAUUCGAAUACAUGAAAAAUGAUAGCAUAAGGUGUAGGGUAAAGUGCAGAAGUAAGGGGUGUCCAUUUGUCAUCUUAUGCAGCAAGGUUGGCAAUAAAGAGACUUUCAGAAUCAAAACUCUAGUUGGAGAGCACAAUUGUGCAAGAGUGUUUGAUAAUAAGUCAGCUACAGUGAGGUGGGUGAAGCUCAAGCUGUUGAAUAAAGUGAGUACAAUGAAUAAAAUCAGCACAAAUGAAAUAGUAGAUGACUUCAGAAUUAACCAUGGCACUGGUAUAACCAGAUACAGAGCAUGGAAGGGUAAGCAGCUGGCAAUUCAAGAGGUUGAGGGAGCCAUUGAAAUGCAGUAUACCCUUCUAUGGAGAUUUAGCAAUGAAUUGCGGAAGAGGGCUGCAGGAAACACAUGUAAAAUUAAUUUUGAAUCACCAAGAAGCACUUUGUUUCCUAGAUUCAGCAGAUUUUACAUGUGCUUGGAUGGUUGUAAGAGAGGGUUUCUAGCUGGGUGUAGGCCAUUCAUUGGCUUGGAUGGAUGCCAUCUGAAGACUAAACAUAGAGGAAUCUUGUUGGCUGCAGUUGCUAGAGAUGCCAAUGAGCAGUACUUCCCACUAGCCUUUGGUGUGGUUGAGUCUGAAACAAAAGAUAGUUGGAUGUGGUUUAUGGAGCUAUUGAUGGAUGACAUUGACCCUGAAAGAUCAAGAAGAUGGGUCUUUAUCUCAGAUCAACAAAAGGGUUUGAUGGAGGUUUUCAAAGAAGAUAUGCUACAUGGUAGUGAACAUAGACUAUGUGUGAGACAUCUCUAUGCAAAUAUGAAAACUAAAUUUGGAGGUGGUGUGCUUUUAAGAGAUCUGAUGAUGGGUGCUGCCAAGGCUACAUAUGAAGCUGCCUGGAAAGAAAAGAUGCUUCUGAUAAAGGAUGCCAAUGAAAGUGCUUAUCAGUGGUUGAUGGAGAAGCCAACUUCAAGCUGGUGCAGACAUGCAUUUAGCCUUUACUCAAGAUGUGAUGUGGUCAUGAACAACCUCUCUGAGGCUUUCAAUGCAGCAAUUAUGUUGGCUAGGGACAAGCCUAUUUUAACUAUGAUGGAGUGGAUUAGGACCUAUGUAAUGGGAAGGUUUCCACAGAUGAUGGAGAAGCUGCACAAGCAUCAUGGACAGAUCAUGCCUAGGCCAUUGAAGAGGAUAUUACAUGAGGUUGAUCACAUUAAGAAUUGGAUCCCUAGGGUUGUUGGUGCUCAAAAGUAUGAGGUUCGACAUACUAUCACUUUGGAGAGACAUGUACUAAGCUUGAAGGAUAAGAGCUGUACCUGCAGAUUCUGGGAACUUAAUGGCUUUCCUUGUAGACAUGCUGCAUCUGCACUUACUUUCAAUGGCAAUGAUCCUAAACAAUUUGUAGAUGAUUGCUACAAGAGGGAAGCCUACAAUGCAACAUAUGAAAAUUAUGUGACUCCAUUACCUGGCCCUAACCAGUGGAUUGUCACCCCUCAUGAUCCUGUGUGCAUUCUACCACCCAUGUAUAAGAGAAGUGCAGGGAGGCCAAAGAAAUUGCGGAGGAGAGACCCAUAUGAAAAUGAUCCUAACCCAACUAAAUUACAGAGGGGGGGUGCAACUUGGAAGUGUAGUAGGUGCAAGCAAUAUGGGCACAACAAGAGAGGAUGUAAGAACCCUGUUCCAGAAGAGCAAUCUGAAAUUGUACCAGAAGUUGAUGAAGCUGUACCAGGUGAAACACAAGCUACAACUGCACAAGAUGAUGGAGUACAACCUUCAACUGCACAAGAUGAUGGAGUUCAACCUACAACUGCUCAGAAGAAACCAAAGAACAAGGGAUUUAAAAAAUGCAGUAGAUGCAAGCAGUAUGGACAUUAUAAAACAAGAUGCAAGAACAUCCCAGAGUUAAUUGUAAUGCCUCAGCCCCGCUCUCUUCCUGGGAUUGUUAUAAGGGAGCCUGUCAAUCCUAAUGUCACUGCCUCACUCCCUCUUAAUUCUGGAAAAAUGAAAGAAAAGGUAGUGGAAGAUCCAAGAUCUGUGGAUGAAAAUUGGCAUAAGAUCUAUGCAGGGACUCAUGGAGGAGCUACUACUUCAUAUGUCAUGACUGGGAAUCAGGGAGGAGCAUCCACUUCUGGUUCUGUCCUUCAAGUUCAGAUGGAGAUUGAGACUUCCAGUACUGUUGAGAGGGUUGCAACUGAGAUUCCAGAAGCCACAAGAGACCAAGUUAUUGAAGAUGGAGAAACUUUACCAACACAGUGCAGUGUUGUCCUUGACACAGCAAUGGGGGAAUCAACUUGACCUUGCAUUGGAUGAAGGGAAAGCUUUUUUAGUGUAUGAAAAAAGCAAGGGAAUCUUUCAAACUUUUUU